AUGAUAAAGGCCGAAGGUAAAAUGGAAAUUGACGACGAAGAUGUUGAAGCUCCAUCUUCAAGCACCAGUAGUCGUGGAGAAAAGAAACGAUUUGAAGUAAAGAAAUGGAAUGCUGUUGCUUUAUGGGCUUGGGACAUUGUUGUGGACAAUUGUGCCAUUUGUCGUAAUCACAUCAUGGACUUAUGCAUUGAAUGUCAAGCCAAUCAAGCUUCUGCGACUAGUGAAGAAUGUACAGUUGCUUGGGGCGUGUGUAAUCAUGCUUUUCACUUUCACUGCAUAUCUCGUUGGUUGAAAACUCGCCAAGUAUGUCCUCUAGAUAAUAGAGAGUGGGAAUUCCAGAAGUACGGUCAUUAA